ACUUCACCCUCCCCUCCUUCCACGCCCGCCCACUGAGGAGUCCGGCAGCCGCGCAGCCGCAGUAGCUGCUGCGGCCGCUCCUAGCCCGAGGGAUCCUGGGACUAGGCCUUUCCGGAAGGACUGGCUUGGCUUUCGGGGUAAGGCCCCUUGUUGCAGACCCGUGUUCCAGGCCCUGGCUUGACAGACCCGUAGCCGCGGCAACGCUUUGGUGACAGCAGAGGACUCUACCGGCGGUUCUCUAGGGUGCACGGCCUCGCUGCCGAGGGAGCUGGGGAGCUGCAGAGCUGCGGAGCUGCAGAGCUGCAGAGCUGCGGAGCUGCAGUACGUGGCGUGGCCUCCUCCUCUGCCCGGAGCGGAACCGCUGGAAAAGCAGCAGCAAAAGCCGCCGGACAAGGUGAACCGGGUUACUUAAUUGCCUUCAGAUGAUGAAUCAUCUGUGUAACAGUCAGAUUUGAGGUCCACAGCGCUUUGUGCUUCUGCUGCACAGCAGUUUUAAGUGGAUAACUGACUGGUGUGCCUGAGGGGUGCCACGUUUCCUCUUGAUAAGGAAAGCGAGCUCUCCUGCUCUUUGGACAUCCUCCUUUCCUCGAAAGCAUUCCGAUUUUAAUCCCGCACUCCGGCAUACAUCGUUGUGCAAGAGGCUUUCCCAUGAAAGUGUCUCUUGGUAACGGAGAAAUGGGCGUCUCCGCCCACUUACAGCCUUGUAAAGCAGGAACCACUCGAUUUUUUACCAGCAAUACUCACAGUUCAGUGGUAUUGCAAGGCUUUGAUCAGCUUAGAAUAGAAGGAUUGCUUUGUGAUGUGACUCUGGUGCCGGGUGAUGGAGAGGAAAUCUUUCCUGUUCACAGAGCUAUGAUGUCAUCUGCUAGUGAUUAUUUCAAGGCUAUGUUCACAGGUGGAAUGAAAGAACAAGACUUAAUGUGCAUUAAGCUUCAUGGGGUGAACAAGGUUGGUCUGAAGAAAAUAAUUGAUUUUAUUUAUACUGCAAAACUUUCUCUUAAUAUGGACAAUCUUCAGGACACACUUGAAGCUGCCAGCUUUUUACAAAUUUUACCUGUUUUGGACUUCUGUAAAGUGUUUCUUAUUUCAGGAGUCUCUUUAGAUAACUGUGUUGAAGUUGGGCGAAUAGCUAACACCUAUAAUCUUAUAGAAGUGGAUAAAUAUGUCAAUAAUUUCAUCCUGAAACAUUUUCCUGCAUUACUGAGUACUGGGGAGUUUCUAAAACUCCCUUUUGAACGACUUGCCUUUGUGCUUUCCAGUAACAGUCUUAAGCACUGUAGUGAACUUGACCUCUUCAAGGCUGCCUGUCGCUGGCUCAGGUUGGAAGACCCUCGGAUGGAUUAUGCUGCAAAAUUAAUGAAGAACAUUCGAUUUCCACUAAUGACACCACAGGACCUCAUCAAUUAUGUGCAGACAGUAGAUUUCAUGCGAACAGACAAUACCUGUGUGAACUUGCUUUUGGAAGCUAGCAAUUACCAAAUGAUGCCAUAUAUGCAGCCGGUGAUGCAGUCAGAUAGAACUGCCAUUCGCUCUGACUCAACACACCUGGUUACUUUAGGAGGCGUUUUGAGGCAGCAGCUGGUUGUCAGUAAGGAAUUGCGGAUGUAUGAUGAAAGGGCACAAGAGUGGAGAUCAUUAGCUCCCAUGGAUGCCCCCCGUUACCAACAUGGCAUUGCUGUCAUUGGGAACUUUCUUUAUGUAGUUGGUGGUCAAAGUAAUUAUGAUACAAAAGGAAAAACUGCUGUCGAUACAGUGUUCAGAUUUGAUCCUCGGUAUAAUAAAUGGAUGCAGGUUGCAUCAUUAAAUGAAAAGCGCACGUUCUUCCACUUGAGUGCCCUCAAAGGACAUCUGUAUGCUGUUGGUGGGCGAAGUGCAGCUGGUGAAUUGGCCACAGUAGAAUGUUACAAUCCAAGAAUGAAUGAGUGGAGCUAUGUUGCAAAAAUGAGUGAACCCCACUAUGGCCAUGCAGGAACAGUAUAUGGAGGCUUAAUGUAUAUUUCGGGAGGAAUUACUCAUGACACUUUUCAAAACGAGCUCAUGUGUUUUGACCCAGAUACGGACAAAUGGACACAGAAGGCUCCAAUGACUACAGUUAGAGGUCUGCAUUGCAUGUGUACAGUUGGAGACAAGCUCUAUGUCAUCGGUGGCAAUCACUUCAGAGGAACGAGUGACUAUGAUGAUGUUCUAAGCUGUGAAUACUAUUCACCAACCCUUGACCAGUGGACACCAAUUGCUGCUAUGUUAAGAGGUCAAAGUGAUGUUGGAGUUGCUGUCUUUGAAAAUAAAAUCUAUGUUGUAGGUGGAUAUUCUUGGAAUAAUCGUUGUAUGGUAGAAAUUGUCCAGAAAUAUGAUCCAGAAAAGGACGAGUGGCAUAAAGUUUUUGAUCUUCCAGAGUCGCUUGGUGGCAUUCGAGCUUGUACUCUCACAGUUUUUCCACCUGAAGAAAACCCUGGGUCACCUUCUAGAGAAUCACCUCUUUCAGCACCUUCGGAUCAUUCCUAGGACUAAGAUGAUACGUCUUUGCAGUGCAUAGAGGAUGAUCUUGUAUUUCCCCUUUAGUUGUAUUUUCCAAUGAUUGGUCAAGUUAUUAGAUGAAAAGGUAACUGAUAUUAUUUGUAUUGUUUGGCUUAGUAUGUCUAUCGGAUGUUUAAAUGGAUUCUGAAAAUAUUCAACAUAGGUGUUUUAAGAAAUGUAAAAAGAUCAUAAAAAAUGUUAGAUGUCUUUUUGUGGUGUUAUGUGAGAGUGUAGAUGAUUGUAGUAAAUGUGUAGUUACGUUCAUCAUGCUUUGAAGUUGAAAGUUUUCAUCUAACUGCAAACCAUCAAAGGGAGGCUGCCAGCGCUAACCUAAAAUAGUAAACAAAAGGUCACCACAUAUUGUUAACUACUUCCCUUUUUUUCAUAGAAUUUUUGACAUAGCUGCCAACUCACCAGAUUGUGUGGGUGCGUUCAGAAUUAUGUGAAAUUUCUUAGGUAGACAGGAGAAAUAAUAAGUUAAAAUGUAUUAACUAAAAAAAUCAGUAUAGCUCUAAGGCAGAGUUUGUGUUUCUGGAGAGAGAGAAAAAAAUACAUGAACUUACAUACAUACAUACAUAUAUAUGCACAUACAUACACAGUUUUUAAAUUGAUUGGCAUUUAAGGUAGAGUGAAAUUGUUUUUAAAUUUAAGUUUUUCUACGUAGCAGCUAUUUCUAUUCAAAUGGGAAUUCAGUACCAGGGAGUAAAUGUCUAUAUAGAUAUGCUGAAUUGAAAUAGAUAAGUACUAUGUGAAAUUGAUAACCAAGUUUAGCAUUUGACUAAGUUGUUACUUUAGAUAAAACUUAUGUUACUUUUUCUGCUUGUAUAUUGUUUUCUGUAGAGUUGCUUUUAUACAGAUUACUUAGCAAAGUUAGGGUUUCAGAGGAUUGCUUUUGCUUAGUAAAUUUAAGCUCUGCUUUUUUCUGUUUUUGUUCAGUAAAACUUAUAAAAGCAAAGAAAGAAGUACGCUGAACAAAGCUAUGGGAUUUUAAAUUCAUUCUCCCAAUUUAGUCAUUCUAAUAAGAUUAUUAGGUUUGGGCUGGUUGCACGGGAGCUACUCCAGCCCGUGGUGCAUCCUGAGUUUUGUGUGAUCUUCCUCAAGGCUGUCAUCUAGAUAAUCAUCUGAGCAGGCAGUAGAUACACUCUGUUCAACAUCAAAUCAGAAAAAUAUCCUCUUGGCCAUGUCUAAAGGACUGGACCAAUUUCAGAUUCCCUAAGGAGCCAGUUACAGAAAGCCUCAGGCACUGCUAUCUUGCAAGCAGUACUAAGUACAUCUUGAAUAUCAAGGAUAUCCCUACUGGCUGAGAACCUUGGAAGGAGAUCUUAAUGGGACCUUAUCAGCAAAUGGAAUCAUAGGAGUCCUCUGUAGUGAGUAAUUCUGAAGUACUUUCCUGGAAUAUCUACCUGAAGAAAAAAUUUACAUACAUACAUUUACUUACAUGUAUAUGUAUGUUUAUAUCCCUAUACUUGGGAGAUUGUCGUAGUGUAAAUCAGGAACAGCCUUGUUAUUGACAAUCCCAUCAUAAAACUCAGGAACCAAGACGAAAGGAAUUGGCUUCCAAGGAUCUGAAUUUUACUGCCCACACAAGUGUUGAUUCAUUUCAAUGCUUUUUAUGAUUUCUGCAUUGGCAGAAAUUUUCGUACUUUUGUGUUUUUUUAAUGAUUUAAUUUUUUAUUACUAAAAAUAACACAUUUGGGUACAUUUAGUAAAUAGAAAAUGUAGAAAUUGCUGUUAACCUUGUGUAUUGAAUAAGCAAGAAAUGGUAUUGCAAUCAUUUCUCUGAUUAUUAAUGAAGUUAAAUAUGUGUUUCCUUUGAUCAGAUAUUCAUGUCCUUUGCCUUUGUAGUAACUGUUGGAGUUGCUUUGUUUUUCAUACCAAGUUACAUCAUCUCUUUAUAUAAUAAAUACAAUUUAACUGGCA